AUGAUCUACAAUCGAAUCCUUAAUUCAACGAAGGGAAUCGCCUUCUUACCCGGAACACCAAGAAAACAAAUUUCAUUCCACACCGCAAAAUACGUUCAAGCAUAUGCAUCCAACCGACCUGGUGCAACUAGCACUGUCGAUAUGAUGGCCUUGAUGAGGCAAAGAGAAUAUAAGAAAGCUUGGAAAAGUCUCACACUAUAUCAGAAGACAGGAUUAAUCGUGAUUAGUGCAAUUUGGUGUGGGGUGGAAUACCUUUUCAUGGAUACUAUAUGGACUAGACCUUUCAGAAGUAGAAAUAAAAGCACUGAUCAAUCAGCUACAUCUCCUUCAUCUACCUGA